AUGAUGCUGUCCCGAAGCCGGGCCCGGCUGCGCCCAGCCUGCAGCCGUCUCCGGAUGGAAGUGGGCACCGGCGCUUCCGGGUCGCGCCCGUCGAGUACCGCUCACGCUGCAAGACAGGUUCGGCAACCAGACGCCCCGUUCCGACUGGCCGUCGUCGGCUCCGGUCCAGCAGGCUUUUACUCCGCCUACCGGGUCAUGUCACAGCUUCCAGAGACCACGGUCGACAUGUAUGAGUCGCUGCCGGUGCCCUUUGGUCUCGUCCGCUUCGGCGUUGCCCCGGAUCAUCCCGAAGUCAAGAAUUGCCAGGACAAAUUCACAGAGGUUGCUGCCUCGCCCAAAUUUAACUUCAUGGGCAAUGUAUCCAUAGGCGACGUAGGCCGUCACCCUGACAGCUGCAAUGUGCCCUUUCCCACCUUAUUGCGGAAUUAUGAUGCGGUGUUACUCGCAUACGGUGCCGCCAAGGACAGAACCCUGGGCAUCCCUGGAGAAUCCAACCUCCAAGGCGUUUACUCAGCUCGCCAGUUUGUAGGCUGGUAUAACGGGCUCCCUGAGUACGCCGGUUUGUCACCGGAUCUCACAAAAGGAGACGAGGCCGUCGUUAUCGGUCAAGGCAACGUAGCCCUGGAUGUUGCUAGAAUGCUCCUCGAGGAUAUUGAUGCGUUGCGGAAGACAGAUAUCACAGAAGAGGCCCUUGCUCAGCUUGCAACGUCUCGCGUCAAGAGGGUUCAUGUCGUGGGAAGGCGAGGUCCAAUGCAGGCCGCAUUCACCAUCAAGGAGGUCAGAGAGUUGAUGAAGAUUCAAAGUGUUGGUUUUCAUCCGGCGGACAGCACGCUCAUACCCCCCGAUAUCAAAUCGCUUCCCAGAGCAGCAAAACGUUUGAUGGAAGUAGUUGCCAAGGGCUCUGCGUCUCGUCCAGGCAAUGUCGAGAAGUCAUGGUCGCUCGACUUCUGCUUGAAUCCCGUCGAGUUCUUGGCCAGCCAAACUUCACCCGCGGAUGUCGGUAGCACCGUCUUCGAGAGAACGGAACUGUCUCACAAAUUUGACCCCGGCGCUCAGGCCCGACUGACAGGGGAAACCGUCACGGUACCCUCGAACUUGGUCUUCCGUUCCAUUGGCUACAAGUCCGUCCCCUUGCCCGGGUUCAAAGAGGCUGGCGUAGCCUUCGAUGACCGCCGAGGCGUCGUGAUGAACGAUGGACGCGGCAGAGUUGUUGCAGUAGAUCAGGAAGAAGCGUCUGAAGCGACGCAGUCAGGGGUAACCCCCGGUGUCUAUUGUGCCGGUUGGGUUAAGCGAGGACCGACUGGCGUCAUUGCCUCGACGAUGCAGGAUGCCUUUGAGACGGGCGACUCCAUUAUUCAAGAUUGGCUGUCUGGUCUGCAUUUCCUAUCUGCGGGCAAUGAGAAGCCCGCGGCAGGGUGGGAUGGCGUUCGCGCAGAAAUUGGCGAUUCAGCAUCUAAGAGAACCAGCUGGGAAGACUGGCAAAGGAUUGAUGGCGUAGAGAAGGAAAAGGGCCGGGCCGCAGGCAAGGAGAGGGAGAAAUUCACAUCCACCAAGGCCAUGCUUGAGGUUCUGUCAUAG